AUAAUUUCGAUUUUAAUUACUAAAAAAAGUAACAUAGAAUUUAAUUCCUUUCCACCUCUCAACAAGAAAUGGCAUGAGGGGAACAACCCUUUAGAAGAGACAAGUUUUUUCUUCUUUUCUUCAUCUUAUUACUAUUAUUUAUUGCUACUUUAAAUAUCCAUCUCUUAACUCAACCUAACUCUCUCUCUCUAAAUCUCUCUCUGUGCCUCUCUUGGUCUAUCUUUUUGAGUUUCUGUUUCAUUUCUGUUAUACACAGAAAUGGAAUAAGAGAGGUAGAGAAGAGAAUAACAAAGGAAAUGACUCAGUGUAGUUAUCCUGAAGAGAAUAAUCAUAGUGUUCUUAUGGAGAGACGCAAAGAUAGCAUAAUCAGAACUUGUCCUACUUGUGGUCAUCAUAUCAAAUGCCAAGAUCAGGGUGCUGGAAUUCAUGAGCUACCUGGAUUACCUGCUGGAGUGAAGUUUGAUCCUACUGAUCAAGAGAUUCUCGAACAUUUGGAAGCGAAAGUGAGGUCUGAUAUUCAAAUGCUUCACCCUUUGAUCGAUGAAUUCAUCCCUACUCUUGAAGGAGAGAACGGAAUCUGCUGCACUCAUCCAGAGAAAUUGCCAGGUGUAAGCAAAGAUGGCUUGAUCAGACAUUUCUUUCACAGGCCAUCAAAAGCAUACACAACAGGAACAAGAAAAAGAAGAAAAGUGCACACAGAUUCAGAUGGAAGUGAAACAAGGUGGCACAAAACAGGUAAGACAAGACCGGUUUACGUGAUCGGCAAAUUAAAAGGAUAUAAGAAAAUACUUGUUCUUUACACUAACUACAGAAAGCAAAGAAAGCCAGAGAAAACAAACUGGGUUAUGCAUCAAUACCAUCUUGGAAACAAUGAAGAAGAGAAAGAAGGAGAAUUGGUAGUUUCCAAAGUUUUCUAUCAAACACAACCAAGACAAUGUGGUUCAUUGAUGAAAGACUCGUCCUCGUUUUCCGAUCAAAAACUAAUCGGCGAUCAAGUUGUUAACGAGGUGGUUAAUCAUAAAAACAGUGGAUUUGUUGAAUAUUAUAAUACUUCUUUCAUAUCUUUUGAUCAAGGGGAACAACAUAGAUCAAGCAAUGCUCAAGUGAUUUCUCAUUUUCCUGUCCAUGAUGGUACUUCUUUCAUUCCUUGAUGAAAGUGCAUGGAUCCUUGAUUACAAUUUGAAGAAAUAAGUUAAUAACAAAACAGUAGUUAAAAGGGUAAAGAGGGAAAAGUAAAUGCUUCUUCUGAAAAUUAGAGGUGAGGGAAAGGAUAUAUAAGUAAAGAAAAAUUAUAUAUAUUUGAUUGUAACUUUGUUUACUUUUUUGUUUUACAAUUUUUGAAGGGUAGCUUAUACUCUCAUGCUAUGUACUAUGACACUAAAACAUACCAUAUCAAAGGCUUGAUGCCUUUAUACUUGGGUAAAUAUUAACUAUCAAAUUGUACACAAA